AAAUAUCUUUCAACGAUUGUUUUUGCAUUAGCAGUUUUCUCUUCUUGGUGCAGGCUGAAUAUUUUUGUGUUGCUGUGUUCAGAUCGAGAAUGCAACCCCAAUCUGCUCAGCAUCUUCCAGCAGAUCACUGCUCCCACAAUUUGGCCCCUGGAAACAGAAAACCAGACGGCCGUGGUGAUCAUCGGAGCCGAGGAACCUGUUCAGACGUCCCCCUACUUACAGUGGUGGGAUGCCCAGAGCAUCGUGGGGCUGAUUAUAUUCGUUCUGUGCAUUCUUUAUUCGAGCAUACGCUCCUCCAACACGAGUCAGGUGAACAAGUUGACCAUGGCCUCCAAGCAGUCGGCUGUCCUCAAUCAGGGGUCCAGCAGCAGUGGCAUGUUGGAGGACUCCCAGGGGCCCAGGCGGGUGGAGGACAAUGAGCAAGACAUGGUCCAGUACAGCUACUCCUUCUUCCACUUCAUGCUCUUCUUGGCUUCCCUCUACAUCAUGAUGACACUCACCAACUGGUACAGCCCAGACGCAGACUACACCAUAACAAGCAAGUGGCCAACAGUGUGGGUAAAGGUCUCCUCAAGCUGGUUGUGUUUGGCCCUUUACAUUUGGACCCUUGUGGCCCCUAUGAUUUUCCCCAACCGAGACUUCAGCUGAUGCUGUGACAAGGGACAGAAUCAUUUCUUGUGGAAAUGGACCUGGAACGGCUGAACUGUUUUUAUUUGUAGAGAAUUGGUGAUCAGGUUGUGUGCCAAAACAUAAUGUAUAGAUAGACAAGCAAUCCACGGAAACAUCUGCUGUGUGAUGUACAGCUUGGGGUUCUCCUUAUGUACAAUGUAAAUAGUGUAUCUCUGCAUGACGCAUUUCUUUUACAUAUAUAUAUAUAUAUAUACUUGUGUUUUUGACCUUAAAAUAAGAAGUACGCUGCUCUUAGGGAAGACAAACCCAGAAAUAUGACAUGUAUUUUUGAACAGCUUAACAUACACCAAA